CUGACACAUAUUUGGUGUCUUCGCUCAAGGGUUAAUGCACAUUAACAUUUCUUCCAUGUGGUUCACCCUCAACAUCAUCAUCGGCAGCAACAGCACCCCAAAACCAGGGAUUUCUCUUCAGCUCAGUGCCACAACUGUAUUCUUCCAGGACUGCUGGAGACCGUUUUUCCAGUCCGUCGUCAGCCUCAUAGCCAUAACAGAACACCUCCUGUGUGUCGCAAGAUACUUCACCACCCUACAGUACUUUGGCUUCAAUUCUGUGCUGUCAGCUGAAUUUGUGGACAUGACUGACCUGAACACACUUGUGGAGCUGAGGACAAACAGCUGUAUAGUUUCAGCAGGCGUGACAUGUAAAAACGAGAAUGGAAUCCAGAACUUUGCCAGGUAACAAGAAAGAUGUACUGAUAAUGAGGAGCAUACCAUUUAUUGUACAACCAUAUAGGCAACACACGCAUAGAACACCAGCAUGGCCGUUUAGCAUUUGGACUUGUCAUCUAGGCCUGGAUGUGCAGCCACGACCUGUUUUGAAAGCUUUUUCCAUUGAUAGUGUCCAUAAUAUGAGUAUCAAGGCAUGUCUUCGUUUCCAUCAUUGCGCCAUCCAUCUCAGCUACUCAGCAGCCAACUGUUCCCUGGAUGUGGGCUUUGUCCUGUUCCUCAGCACCUCGGUGAGCCUGCUCCUCUUCCUGCUGGUGGUGCUGCUCCGUCAGCUGGCUCGGGAAUACCUGCUGGCUUUCUGCCACAUCAUCCUCGCCUGGCUGGAGGCUGUACGGAGGCCCAACCCCAGGGGGCGCUAUUGCUAUGAUGCCUUUGUGUCGUACAGUGGGAGAGACGAGCGCUGGGUGGUGGAGCAGCUGCUUCCGGGCAUGGAGCAGAAGGAGCCUCCUUUCCUGCGUCUAUGUCUGCACAGCAGGGAUUUCCAAUUGGGGAAGGACAUUGUGGACAACAUCACAGACAGCCUCUACGGCAGCCACUACACCGUGUGUGUGGUGAGUCGUAACUACUUGCGCAGUAACUGGUGCUCCCUUUGCUGGUGGAGCAAAGGGUCAUCAUUAUCUUGGUCUUCCUGGAGGAAAUCCCCCCUCGCCAGCUGUCUGCCCACCACCGCCUGUCUAGGCUGGUCAAGACCAGACAAACACCGCUGUAGCUCGGCCACCUUCUACUGCAGAUGCGGAAUGCCAGCAUAA